AUGAACAUGAUAGAAAAUUACACUUUUACUGUCGUAUUCCAAUCAACUUCCCAAAUAUGUUUUGUGCAUCUCCUUUUUCAUAAUGAUGAAUAGUGUGGGUUACGGAAUGUUUCUUGUACAACUAUAUUACAAUGGUUAUGAUGGAAUUGAUAGCUUAGACGAGCGUGAAUAUAGAAAACUAAUAAUGUUGUAGUAACACAAACAGUACGAGCUUUGUGCAUGUUUGCUGGUAAGCAAUGAUGAGAGAAAGUAAUUGGGUGGACAAACUUGGUCCCCUUGCUUUCAUGCUGGUGACUUUUGGACCACCAACUUUAAUUUUUUUCUCCUGUUAUAAACCAAGCUUUCUGUCUUUAUUCAUCUUCCAUUUCACUUUGUAUGAAUUGGAAACACAUCUGAGGCAUCACAAUAAAGAAAAACAGAAACUUAGAUUAGAGAGCAAGUGUGUGUGUAAUAUCUCCGAUGGGUAACAACAGAUUCAAGUUGUCAGAUAUGAUACCAAAUGCAUGGUUUUACAAGCUGAAAGAUAUGAGCAGAUCAAGGAAGAGAAAUGGUUCUCAUGUUAUGAAGAGUAAAGUGUCCUCACCAACAACAUCUCAAAGGUCGCAGCCAAGGUAUUCACACUAUUUCUCCACUGAGCCGAUAAGAGCUGGGAAGCUAUACAACACUCCUAUUCACACCAAGGACUUGGACAUGCCAUUCAAUGAUUCACCUAGAAGGUCUUCCAAGAGAAGGGCUAGGAGAAAAACCAUUUACAAGCCUUCUCCCACUGUUGUCUCCUCCUCUUUCAUACCUGCUUCCAGCUAUGACUCCACCAAUCACUGGAUCAAGCCAUGUCAAAUUCAGUCACCAUAUUAUGAUGUAUCUUCAGUUGAAAGCUCUUCUGAAUCCGACCCCCAUGAAUAUGUUUAUUCCGAGUCUGAAUGUGACAAUUUUUCUGUUCCUGACUUGCUCAAUGGAAUGGCCUCUAACUGCAGUUGCAGAGUUAGCUCUUCCACUAAUGACAUCAUCAUUGACAUGAACAAUGAGUCCUUCCUUGGGAACUUUGAAAAGCAAGAUAGGUUUGAUGCAAUUUCACAGCUAGGACUUGCUCCAAUAUUGACAAAGCCAGUGAAGUAUGAUGAUAAGAUCAUUGAAGCCAUUGAGUUGAGAAGUUCAACAGAUUUGGAUGAGCUGCAGGAUGAUCAAUCUUUCUCAAUUGAAAUAAACAAAGAGGAAAGCAAUAGAACUCAAAGGAGGAGAAAAAGCAGCCACAGAAAGCCCUUUGCUAAUUCUGCAGGCAUAAAGCUUCGAGUCAAUUCUCCAAAACUUGCAAGCAGAAAAAUUCAAGCCUCUGCAAGGAGGAGUGUGUCAUCUACUGCAAGCAAAGCUUCAAGAAGUACAGGAUUUCCGGAUGGAUUUGCUGUUGUUAAGUCCUCAUUUGAUCCACAGAGUGACUUCAGGGAGUCAAUGGUGGAGAUGAUUGUGGAGAACAAUAUUCGGGCAUCGAAAGAUUUGGAGGACUUACUUGCUUGCUACCUUUCCCUCAAUUCAAGUGAAUACCAUGAUCUCAUUGUUAAAGCAUUUGAGCAAAUUUGGUUUGACAUGGCUCAACGCAGAAUGUAAAGAUCUUAAUAUUAUUCAAUUCAUGUUUAUAGUCUUGUAAGUUGUAACUUCCGCCACGCUUUGGAUCAACAUCUGUUCUGAACUAUCAGGAUGCCAAAUUUGGUAUCCUUAUAUAAAAAUGCCCUCAAGUUUUGACAACCUGAAAUAUGUCUAGCAACAUUGAAUUUGUGUUAAGAAUCAUUUGAUUUCUAACUUGAUUUAGAAUUUUGCUACGGAUUGUGAUAACUAUAUGAUUCAAAAUCUCUAGCUGGAUUACCUGAUGACUACAAACUAAUGACUAUAAGUACUUUGGUGAA